AGGCUGUAUAUCGAGAAGAUAAAAAUGGAAAGCAGAACAACAAGAACACGUGUUUAUUGUGUUAAAAUGGUAUUGUUAUUAACAGUCAUGGUAGCUUUACACUAUGUGACGAUGGAGACUAAUUUAACUACUGGGCAUCAUAAACAAUACACGGAAAAUAAAACACAUGCCUUAAGGACGGAAUCUCUAGCUAAGGAUAUUUCAAACACCAGUAAAAUAUUACCAUGUGUUCCCGACUUUAAUUCGACAAUUGAAUCAAAGUUUGGAAAACAUGGUAAUAUCUCACUAGUGACUGAAAUGGUAACCGAAACGGGAAACGACGUGCUUAAAAAUAGAACGGGGAAAUUACUGUCAAGAAGACAAAUUGUUUUAAAACAUUUGGAAUAUACUUUCGUGUGGGUUUCAUCAUGUAAAGAUAGCAUCGUUAGUCAUUCAUUAACAAUAAUAGAUUCCGAAACUUUGAUUAAAAUUGCCGUUUUACUAAAAUGUGUUCAUUUCUUGCUGAAUAAAAGGCGUCAGAAUUCUGCAAAAUCAAACCAUGAAAAGAAAAUGUGUUCGUAUGACUUUUUAUUUCAAUUGACGAAUGGAUAUCAGUGUAGUGUUAAUGUGUAUCCAUUUUCUUUAAAAGUGUAUAUAAAUGGGCUAGAGAAGAAUAGCGAUAAAAGCGUUAAAUGCAUGAACAAUGAAUGGGCAAGGUUCGAAUCGUUUAAAACAUUUCCAGAAGAGUGCCCAGCAUCAGCGUUACGACUGGCAAAAGCUGGGUUUUAUUCAACGAAUAAUGGACAAGAGGCCGUUUGCUUUUCCUGUGGACUAAAUAAUGAAGUCUGGUCAGACUCUGAAGCUGUAGUUGACGUUCAUAAACGGCUGUCACCGGAUUGUAAGUUUAUUAACGGGGAGACAACUGAAAAUGUCUCCAUACAUGAGGAUCAUAAAGAAACACAGAGUGGUGCGUGUGGAGGACCAGAAGAUAGACAUUCAAACAGAGUAGAAACAGAACAAUCUCAAGAACAAAGAAAUCGUCAAGAACUGUCUUUUGAUGCAGUACAAAGUACUACAGAACAUUUAAGCUCGUCGAGUAUUAAUUCUCAAGAAAGUGGGCAACAAUUAGUAAUUGGCAAUGGUUAUCGGGCUCAGCAUUCUGAGAACAUUCCAACAGACGACAUCCAACAUUUCCCGGGAAUAAUAAACGAACGACCAAAACACCCAGACUACGCGAUCAAAAGUGUAAGAUUAUCAUCAUUUGCGUUUUGGCCGAGUACAAACGUAAUGAAACCCGAGGAUUUAACAGAGGCCGGCUUUUUCUUUUGUGGAACACAAGACUUAGUCCGAUGCUUUUUUUGCGGGGGUGGAAUGAAAAAUUGGGAGUACGGGGACAGUCCCUGGAUCGAGCAUGCGAGGUGGUUCUCUACAUGCGCAUAUCUAAAACAAUGCAAGGGAGAAGACUUCGUUAAUUUAUGUCAGAUGUCGAAUAUGACCUUCCCAACACAGAAUAACUUUCAAGUGAGAGAUCUUGACUCCCAGCAAACAAAUCUAGUUGCUGAUCAACAUAUUAAAGAUGUAAACAGUAUUGCAGCCAAACGUGUUCUAGACAUGGGAUACACCCAACCACAGGUUGAAGUCGCUAUUAAACAAACACGGCAAAGAAUAGGUCCAUCAGAAGAACUUAAAGCCCAGAAUUUAGUAGAAUAUCUACUUGACGAUAGUAACACACCUGCUAGUGUUCCAACAUUGACCUCAUCAACAUCACAACAGCAGCAGCAGAGUAAUACAUCUGCUGCUACAAAUGGUAGUAAUUCACCAAGAUCUAAUAGUCCUGUUGCAAGCGGGAGACAAUUAUCUCCUAAAGAAGAAAGAAAAGUUUUGAAGGAAGAAAAUCGUGUUUUAAAGGAACAGAUGAUGUGUAAAGUAUGUAUGGAUAAAGAUGCCAACACUGUUUUUCUUCCAUGUGGACAUUUAGUAUCAUGUGUUGAUUGUGCAAAUGCCUUAAGGAAAUGUGCUGUUUGUCGGACGAUUAUUCAAGGAACUGUGCGUGCAUACCCGGCAUAAACAGAGAAAUAGAAAAUAUGGAUUUGGAUGACUCUGGAGAAAUAAAAAUACGGAUUUUGAUGACACUGGCGGAAAAAGAUAUGGAUAUAGAUGACUCUGAUAAUGUAGAAACUUGUAAGAAUACCGAAAAAGAGUUUACAAUGGCCCUAUUUAGUUUACAUCAGACCUUCAAAUAGAGUAGCUAGCAGUAAAGCACAAACAUUUAUUAUUAUUUUCAUGUAUACACGUGUUUCACUAUCACCUUUUUAAAUGGUUGUAUUUAAAAAAAGAAUGUCAGAUAACAUUGUAUAGCAUGAAAGUAUGGAAAAAAUCAUGAUUUCAUUGACGUUUCCAUAUUGUAACAAAUGAUGUCACUAAAUAUAUACACCUAUUAUACAAAUCAUGUCAUCUUUAACAUAAACUAUAAUAACUAUAUAGUAUUAAGAUAUGCAUAUAUAUGAUAUUAUAUCUUAGUUUAACUGUAAAAAUAGUGUAUAUGCAAUAAAAUUUAUAAUGGCUACAUUUAUUUAAAUGCAAUAUUAUUAUAAUAUAUCAAACACAAUUAUUUCUUUUCUUCAAAGAUAUUGUUAUAGUUGUGUAUUGAACUCAUUUUUUAGCUGAUUGGUUGUUAUUUACAUAUGUGUGAUAUUAUUUCUUAGUUUAACUGUAAAACUAGUGUAUAUGUUAUAAAAUUUAUAAUAGCUGCAUUUAUGUCAAUGCUUUUCUAAUUCUUGUGCCAAAAAGUAUAAUGUUAUGUUUGUUAUUUGAUAUAUCCGCAAUGAGUGCAAUCUAUUUAUGUAUAUUAUAUAAUAUAUAAGCGUUUCUGUGAUAGUAAUAUUUAUGUAUAAAUGUAUUCAGCAUAUCAAGUUAAAUGUUUGAUAUUUCAAUUUUUAAUAGUAUAUAUUAUGCUGCUGGUCAGUAAUUCUUAUAAUGUGAUUUUUUUAUACCUCACUUGUUAUCAUUCAUACAUACAUGUUAUCACAUAUAUGAAACACUUUCACCAUUUUCCAAAAAAAAAUAAAAAUUCAUUGAUUAAAACUUAUUUCUCUCAUUAUUUGUUUACAUGUGCAUAAAGUUUUAGAUGAUAUUUAGCAUGAAGUAUUUGCUUUGUUCAAAAACAUGUUGUUGUCCACAAUAUAAAUUCAUAUAUUUAUUAAUAUUCCUGUCGUUGUAUGUAUAAGUUUAUUGGUGCUCAUAGAGUUUCUUUUUGUAUUCGAAUGACAAGCAUUUGUUUAGAUGCAUAGUUUUAUUGUUUAUAUAUUAGUCUUUUACAUCUUAUUGCUUUAAAACCCUAUUUGGUAUUUACAUGUGUUAAAUUUAUUUUUCAAUGAUCGUUACACAUAACUAUUUUCAUUUACUUUUUUUUAAAAAGUUUUGUUCAAAUCGACAUUGUUUUACAUGCUAGUUUUAGAAACGAAUGAUUGCAAAUAAAGCUAUUUCAAAGUAUUUAAUCAUUUUGAGAACAAAUUUUAUUUUUUAUUUAUAUUUUAAUAUACAAUUGUAUUGUUUUAAUGGCAUUCAUGCGGUCCUUUAUCAUUUAUAUCUAAUACACUGUUUUCAUUUUAUUCUACAGAUAUUGUUUUGUUUAUUUAUUCAUAAAUACACUUGUUUACAUAAUAUAAGAAGAAGUAUCUUUAAAAAUGAUGCUCGGCCAGAGUGUAAUUGGUGAACUUGCAUAUGUUAUUUCUAAGUUUUCAAUACAUAUAGCAUAUGACAAGAACUUUAUUUUAGAAUGACAAGAACAUUUUAUUUUAUAAUGGCCUAAGAGAUUCCCAUAUCUCAGUUUGUAAUUUAAAAUGACCAAUGAUAAUGAUAAUUCUACUUACAUUUACUUCUACAGGAAGUCAAUCUGACAUAAGACGGCCAUAGGCCGAAAAGAAAACAGCAAUUAAUGUUUAUAAUAUUAUAAUUCCCUGUAUCAUUGUUUGAUUGACCUAUCACAAAUUUGGUCAUUCUUGACCCUCGUCGCGAGUCACUUGAUAUAAAUAACAUAGCUUAUGUAGCAUAAUAUGUGUAUAAUUCUUCAUUGUCACAGUAAGAUUCAUUUCGGACAGCUUCUAAUUUUCUUCCAGUCAUGACCUAGGUAUAAACUACUUUACUGUAAUAUAGUCAUGUAGAACUCUUACUAUGUGUUUUCUUCAAGUAAGUUCAAAUUUUGAGACCUAAGUAUCAGAAAUGGCUUUAGUUAGGGUCACUUGGAUUUACAUAGAGUGACUGAUUUAAGAAAACAUUUAAAAAUCUUUCAAAAAUACAAUUUUUGACAUAACAUAGUUGAUCACUUACACAUUUGACAAAUGAAUUCUAAUAUUUGAGUAAAAAUUGGCCUUGUGACCCACCUGUUGUUAGACUGGUUAUAUUAGAAAAAAAGUUAAUUACAAUACAUUUAAUUACUUAUAUUUUAUGUACGUAUAAAUAACACUUAAGCCUUCUUCAUAGUAAUCUGUUAAAGCAGUACGCCUCAAGAUUCAUGUUAAUUUUCAUAAAAAUGUUGGAAAUGUAUUAAAAAGUAAAAAAAAUGUUAGAUGAACAAAUAAAGUAAUCUUAUACUCCAUGAACAUUACCAAAAAGUGGUUAACAUAAUUAUGCAAAAUCAGUCAUAAAGUACAAAAAAGGCUUGGUACAAAGUUCAUUGAGUACUUUUGAGCUGCACGCCCCAAGAUAAGCCAAAAUAUUAAUAUAUCAAGUUUUUUUGUACUUUACAUGCUUUAUGACUGAUUUUAUCUUAUCUCUGACUUCUGGUAUUUUAGCUGUCUCUCCCUACAUAUUAUGUAACCCAUUAAAGUGCAAUACCACUCAUUUUCGUAAAUACCCGUCUCAUUACCUAGUUAAGUUUCCCUAUGUGGGCUAGCGUAGUUAUAUGAUCAUAGGUUUUUUUGUUAUCUCUGUGCCACAUUGAAUACAUGUAUUUAUGAAUGAAAUUGUUUUUCAAUCGUUGAAGAAUAAUAGGUACCCAGUAGCUUUUAUACAGCUAGCGCCAAGUUUAAUUUUUCGCUAUUUGUAGUAUGACGUUUGAUUGCAAUGCCGUAAAUCUACGCCUUAUUUUCAUUGAUUAACAUUUACUAUUUUUUAUUUUGCAUAUUGUUUAAUCGAAUGAUUCCUUUCACGAUAAGUAAAUAUUUAUUCUACAUGUUUUAGUCUUACGUAUUUUUAUAUGUUAACUGUUUCACCGAUCUCACGAUUUAACUUUUUUUUAUUAUAAAAUUUGAUGUUCACUUUUUUAAUCGUUUAUAUGGGCUUUACUUUUGAUUUCUAAAAGUGUAAAAAACAUGUAACACUGAUAUGCCUGGAGUACUUGUUUACUUGUAAAAUGUAUAUUUGCUAUACAUUUGUUUAUCUGUAAUUUUACAUCUUAGGAGUCUCUAUAUACAUUUAAUUUUUAUUUGUAUGUGUUCGUCGUUUUCUAUUUACAUAAACAACAACACUUGUUAACUUAAAAUGCUGCCAUUAUUCAUUGCAAUUAUUAUAAAAUGAUGCUUAAGUUGUUUACUUGAUGGAAAUGAAAAGCUUGAAAGUUUGAAGUUUACACUAUGUUUUACACUUAUUUUUAAUGCCUUGGUUGACAUCACUUGGGUUUAGUUAUCACGCUUAUGGGGAAGUGAUAUUUUAAAUAUAAAAUAAUCGUCGUAAGGUUACACAAAUUGAUCACAAAAUUACAUAUGUUCAUAAUUCUUUGAUACUGUCAACUGUAGUAUUUUGUAGACCCAAAACACUUUGUCCUAGCAAUAAAGUUAUGAAUCUUAAAUAUUGAAGCACGAUUUUGGGAAAGUUUUUAGCUUAUUUUAACCACUCCUUAGUUCGCGUUUCUGAACUAACUAGUACUGACACCAGGAAAUAAACAUGGCCAAACAUUCCUCAUGUUGAAAGGCGGACACCUAUACUUAAGUUCUAGGUCUCCGCUCCUCUUAUAACAUUGGCAUAAAGUUUUCUUUCACUUAAAAUUGUUGUACUAAAUAAAUCUUACACCAAGCCUUAUUGCGAUUAAUAUCCUUAGUUUUUAUUUUGUUUUGUCUACACCUUCGUACAUAUUGAAAUAACAUUUUUCUUUUUGUUAUUAAAAUACCACCCAUUCCACAUUUAGCUGUUCAAAUAUCAUUACAUUUUUUUUAUUACGUGGGUUUGUACGUAAUUGUCAUACUUCAGUUUACCUUUAUCUAUAAAUAAUAGUUCGGUUUUAACAACGAAUACAAAUAGCAUGAAUAUGACGUGCAUGCAACUUGAUAACUAUCAUUUUCGUAGCCAAGCCGCUAGUAACAACUUAUUUAUGGAUUAUCUAAAUGUCAGAUGGUUUUGUUUUGUUUUAUUUUGAAAUCGAACGAUUUCUUUCAUAGUAUUUUAAAAUGUGGGGUGAUUUUUUUACGAGAUAAAUAUCAAUUUUGAGUGUUUUGUUGUUGAAUGAUGCACGGCUCGAGUUCAAAUGCGUAGGAAUAUAUGUAUAAUCACGAGGGUCGUCUGCUAAAAAGAGUGAAAAACGAGUGAAAAAGGUCCCUUUUAUUAAAUAAGUUUCACACGGUCGGUCAGUAGAUAUUAAUUUAUAUUUCUUUAUUUUGUAUGGUGCUUUUAAAAUUACCGUGUUGCUAUAGAUCUUUGUAACAGCUACCUCAUAAAAUUUAACACAUGUAUAACUUACUAUAUUUAGGCUAUACAUGUAUGUUUACCUCUGAUCAAUAGUUUAAUUGUUAUAUUAUUAAAAUUGAAAUAUA